GGAGGUGGUACGUCUCAGCUGAGCGUAGUAUAGAGGUAGAACGCUGACGCGAGGGCGAGUUAGUUGCGAAUGAGCGCUCGUCGGGCGAGCGUCGUUGCGACGUCGGUCGAUAAUGUCAUCUCGUGAUCGACGAGCAGCCAUCGGAUCUUGAAGAUCAUCGUAUAUGUGCGCAUGAACGUGAUCAUUCUACGCAUACACAGAAAACGCGUGAUCGAGAGCAUACUGCUUGCUACGCGUAGUGUUUUGAUACGUGUUUUGUAGAGUGUGCAGUGCGUUGAAUAGUAGUACAUAACUGUUUUCUUGUUGUUGUCGCGCCGCAUCGUGUAGCGCGUAGACGCGCAUCGCAUCGAAAUCCUAUCGUAUUUCUCGAAUACGGCCGACGCGCAGACACACGGGCUCCGACGAUCAAGAAGAAAGGAAACGCGUACCCGCGGCCCGUGCGUGCGAACGUCACGGAAAACCGCUGCUACGCUUACGUUUGCGAUUCUACCUGAAAGAGUGGUCGCUAUCGUACGUCGCAAAUUCGCGGUUUGCCGCCAAUCUCGCGCAAUCAUCUGUCUACUGCCUCUCUGCUAAAAUCUAAAACUAUCUCUCGCGUAUUUACGCCAAAGCAAGCGUAUUGUCGCGCACAGUGCCGUUGCUGCCAGUGAUCGCAACAACGGUAAGAGAAGCACAGAUACACACGGUAGUGGUAAAAGAAAAAGGAGAGAAAAAAGAGGGGAAAAGCAGAAGGAAGAGGUGAGAGGAGAGGAGAGGAGAGAAGAAAAGAAAGAGCUGGUCGAACGAGGUACAGAAGAAGGAUACAAUCGUAAACACGGGGAAAGAUUCAAGGUCGAGGAGACGCGAGACGCAAAAUACUCUUGGCGCGGGAGGCUCGAUUUUCUACGAAUCGAUAUCGCAAUUUUUCCAAGUGUAGUGUAUCGUUCUGAGCAUCGGAGACCGAAAGUGAAGUGAUAAACGAAAUUUUCUGUAAAUCUCGGCACAAAAAUGGUGCCGCAACAGCAAGAUAGUCCCUCUAGUUCCGGGAUUCCUAUGUUUGGUUCGUUGCUUGUGGAUAAAAAUUCAACGACACCGUAUUCGGAUGCCACACAGACGAAGAAGAACAAUCCUAAUCAUAUUAAGAGACCGAUGAACGCGUUUAUGGUCUGGUCACAGAUCGAGCGAAGAAAAAUAUGCGAGAUUCAGCCCGACAUGCACAACGCGGAGAUUAGUAAACGGCUAGGAAGACGUUGGAAGACGUUGGACGAAGCGGAGAGAAGGCCUUUUAUCGAGGAGGCGGAAAGACUUCGACAGUUACACAUGGUGGAAUAUCCGGAUUACAAGUACAGACCGAGGAAAAAGGCAUCAAAACCAACGGGAGGCGGUGGUGGUUCUAUAAGUGCGAAAGUAAAAGAAGGCAGCAAAAAGCCGCGAAAGUCGGCGGGGGGUGGUAUUUCCUCGUCGUCAUCGAUGGGAGGAACGAUACUGGGCAAGAAUCACACGCGUAACGAUAACAACAACAAUACGCAUACGACGAGCGGUAGCGCGAACGCAGGUGUGGUUGGUACAAUGGUGAAGAGGUUGCAAGCUCACUCUAGCAGUACCAAACCUGUAUCACGUUUGAAGGUCAGACUGGCGCUUGACAAAAGACCUUCUCUUGAUUAUACUCCUACCCCUCCGAUCGUUACAGCCAAAAUACCGAGCAGUCCAUCGUGCGUUACGCCAGAUUCUCCAGAAUCGGCAAGUUUUUACGAAGACAAUUUUCUCGAGUGCGGUUCCACCGCCUCCCGACUUGCCGCCAUAUCCUCUGCUCCGGCCUCGGUGGAAAAUACCGAGCGCCGUACUACGAUCAGACACAGUACUACUGCUGCUGUUGGGAAAAUCAAACGGGAACCUAGUUUCGAGAUGGAUUAUGAAACGACGUUCGAACCAAAAGAUCGAUUGCUGUCGUCGGUCGGUCCAGGUGCCUCGAAUCCAGCUAACGUUACCUUUUCCACAUCCGUCGAUGACAUGAGUCUACUUUCGGAAAAAAGUUUUCGUACUCGAACACCUUGCCACGACAAUCAUCAUCGCCACCAACAUCAUCAGCAGCAACAGCAGCACAAGCACGACCUUCGUCAUCACUCACACCUCGAACGUCGAUCCAACUCUUUGGUCAAAGAGGAAUUGGACACGACGACAGCGGCUCCGACGCCAACAACCGCGACCACCCUCGUCAAGAACAAAUCGAUCGAGGAUAUGGAUAUAGGAAUGGAAAUGGACAUGGAUAUAGAAAUCAAAAUGGAAAUGGAAACCAAUUCGCCGACGUCUGUCACUAGCAUCGGUGGCGGUAUUGCCAGCGGUAGCACGAGUAACAUCGGCAAAACGACAGCGAUGCUGAAUGAGCGCACUCAACGUACGUCGUCGAAAUGUUCUUCGACCAUAGUUACCAGGACCGCUACCAUUCCUACCGUCGCACCUUCUGCGAUUCAAACUUCGGAUCUAGUGUCGACGAACCCAAUGGUCAGCGACGCGAUGUCGAACGAUGACUCGCUGGAUGCUAACAGUAACAACAUUAUCGUCAACUCAGGGGAUGCGACUAUUGCCGCGACGGUCGUCAAACUCGAGGAACCUGCCAACAAUCCGAGCUUGGCGGAUCUUUACUCGCUAACGGAUCUAUUGCAGAUACAACCAUCGGAUUUUAAGAUAGAUCUUGAUAUGGAAACAAUAACCACUGAUUUGGAUACUUUCGAAACGGCCAGUUCCAGUAGCGGAUCACACUUUGAGUUUUCUUGUACACCGGAUGUUACAGAUAUGUUGUCUACUAUCGGUGUAGGCAGUGACUGGGUCACGUUUUGAGAGAACGAGAAUGGGGAAGCUAUCGCUCAGCGGUGCAAAGUCCCGAAAUCUCUUCAUCUCACGCGCACUGUCCGCAUACUCUGCACAGUCCUUCUAUCUAUCGUUUCUACUUUCUCGUCUAUACUACGAACGUUUCAGACGAGGUGGCUGACUGCGGCUAAUCCGACGAUUUCGAGAAUGUGCCGCGACACGAUAUAGAUGCAGCACUCGUCUUCUUUGUAUAUCUCUUGUGUAGUAUAUUAGAUUUAAGAACUAUAUUUUCAUCUCAACGGCAUUACUAUAAACGAAUGGUAGAACAGGGUCUUUUCCCACAUCCCUGCGUAUGAAGCGAAAACGGAAGAGAGGGAACAGAGAGCAUGUGGAGAGUGUUCGCGAGUGUACAGUUAACGACAAAUACAAAGUGAGACGCGUGCAAUUUUUCCAACUAAAUAUUUAAAUAUUCGUCAUCUUCUCGUCUUAUUUUCCUUUCUCAUCGCUUUAUAUUUUCGUUUCUUGUAUUCGCGUUUGUUACCUGUGCCGUCUUCUUCGUAUUUUCGGUUCCCUGUUUCAUCAAUGGUACCACACAUGGUAUACAUCAUAACGCUACCCGUUAGAACGAACGUAAAUCCUCGAUACGCGUAAAACGUUUGAUCUCAUAUUUUCUAUUUACCUCUAGAGAUACGCAACGCGGCGGUAUACGCUUUCAACGAGUAAUUUGAUUGUCGAUAUAAACGCAAUCGUUAGAUCUCUUGUAUCUACGUCAAAUCUUUUCAACGGGCCAACGCAUACCGAAUAGCCAAUGUAUCAAGACUAGUUGAUGACUACACUGCCGAUUAAAAUAUCUUUUUCACGCCGAGUCUGGAUCGGUUUGCUCAGCAACGCGCAUCAAAUAAUUACCAAACGAAUAAAUUUACACACGAUAUCUUGUGUCUUUGUCUUUAUAUCUUCGAUUCUUCGAUCGAUUAUAUUACUAAUAAUAAGUUGUGAUAUCGAUGCGUAUUUUCUUAACACUGCCAAUCAUUGCCGCGAUAACAUUGUCUUCGCCAUUGGGCAAUAUCCACGUUCGCUACAUCGUUUGAAAUGUUGAUGCAACGGAUGACACGAACAUCAAGAAGGGAUGUUGAUAGUACUGUGCAUAUUUUCGAAGUCGAAAACAUUGGGGGGGGGGAGGGUCAGGGAAGGGGAAGUGGGGGAGGAUUAAGAAAGAGCGAGGCGAGUUACUUUUUACACAUUGAGCCCGACGACUAAUAGGAUAAACGCGCGUAUAAUACGAAGGACCAAAGUAUAACGUAUAACGACCGCUUUUGCCCAUUUUCUACUCGUUUGUUUUAUCCUAUCCUGUUUCCUUGUCCGUCGUGCCUUGUCCGAUCUGUAAUUCAAUAGGCUGUGAGAAUAUUUUUCGAUAUAAAGAUAUGUCCUGUAACUGAUCAGUUUUCAAAAGUUGAGGGAGCGAGCCAAACGCGAACCACGAGAAUCGCAGGAAGAGAGAAAAGGUUUGCUGAGUCGCAACGGCUGGAUCGUGCCUCGUGUCGCAUGUUGCGCGAUGGUAAGAUUUUGUUCGUAAAGCGUGCGUAAAUACGCCUAAAAUGGCUGACUGAUCGAACUCAGCCUACGUGUAUAUCUCGGUUCGUUACGUCUACGUGCCGUUUCACACGUUCCCGACAUUCGAUCAAAUUGGUUUUCUUUUCUGUUCUUGUACCCGUAAUGAAAUAGCGCGAGCACGCGCAUCUGCCAACAAAUUUUCUCGAAUAUUCGCGUUGCUGAAUGACCAGCGUUACGCGACCGGCGACAUUGCGUUCUGUGACUUGAUCGCGUACACCGAAAAAAUUGUUAACAGUGAACUGUAUCGCAACGAUAGAAAGAAAAAGAUCAUCCCUGCUUGUUACGAACGGCGAAAGUCACAACCGUGUACGAGUCGUCGACGAGCGUUUGUAAUUUAUUCCCGUAGAUAUAUAGAAAUAAACGAAAACACACCAAAGUGCAAUAUUACGCGUAUGUGGCUCUGUAAAUGUGCAAACGAGAAAAACAAAAGAAUAAAUUGUUAACGAAAUACGCGCGCAGCAAACAACGGCACGAACGACUGAAAGACCAUAACGAUCGUGGUCGAGAGUAAAUUUAUUUUUUGCUGUCGUCGUCGUCGUUGUCGUCGUCGUUCUUGCUGUUAUUGUUAUUGUUGUUGGGAAGUGAUGUUGUAUCCUUGUAUGUAUACACACGUAUAUAUACAUAAUGCGAAAGAAACUUGAGAAAAUGACAGCGAGAAAGCAUGGCCGAUAUUUUUACACGAGAUUAAAUGUUAUACGAAGGUUUAUAGCGAUCGCAUUUAAUCGGAAAUUCGUUUGAAAUCGACGAGUAAUGAUGAGAGACGCGGAGUCAAUGAUAACGAUAACAAUCAUUUUAUUAUAUUAAUUCACGAGUAUCAAGCAUUAGUUGCUAUUAUCUUUUUCAUUCUCUUUUCCUUUUAACAGUUCGAUAAUUAAUUUCAUUGUUUCUAUUUUUUUUUUUUUUUUUUUUUUUUUCUAUCGUUUUCGCAGUUUCUUUAGUAUAUCGAAUAUUUUGUACUAUCUAUUACGUAUGUAGUUCGUAAGAAAGUAAUCACUGUCUCAACCGCUCGUGCAUUUUCGUCGAUUUCAGUAAACGAAGGACAAACGAUAUACCAUGUAUUUUGCGCGGAUACCGAGGAGAGAAACGUGGGGCGUUCAACGCCUCUAAGAACAAACUAUCAACUGUAUGUCGUAGAUUUAAGUUUUCAUCAUACACGAUAGUGAACUUAGUUGAGUUAAUGACUAACUUUAUACAUAUAUAACAACUGUACAUUUGUAUUUAGCGCUUUGUUUAUAAUACCUUUCACCUUGUUAUUAAGUAUCCGAUUUAUAUAAUUUUUUUAUCGAACUUAUUAAAAAAAUAUUUAAAAACAAAA